AUGGGUGACAAUAAGGCUGAAUGGCUUCAUAAUCACAUGAUGCUAAUUAAUAAAGAGUAUCAACAGCGUUGGUAUGACGAAAAACGUCUAGCUCGUGAACAAGCCCGUAUUCAAGCACAAAAAGAAUUGGAAGCGAUUCGAUUCGAGGCUCUUGUCCGGGAAGAAGAAUGGCGGCAAACAGUACAUUAUGGAAAUGAUCUUGAAAGAAUGUGGGAACGAGUCACAUCAGCGUCGCCUCGGUACAUAGCACGUUUUCGUUUGAAUAAUCAUCAUCAAGUCACAUCGUUCCAAACUGAUGUUCUUGCAUCUACAUGCAGUGUAUGCUUGGAAAAAUUCGAAAUUGGUCAAACUUAUGCUUGUUGGCCAUGUGAAGGUCAACAUAUGUUUCAUUAUGCAUGUAUGCUCGAUGUGCUAAGAGCUAAAAAUACUUGCCCAUUGUGUCGACAUUCAGUUGAAGCAGCUUCUUUGCCGGAUAGAGAUAUUGUUCUUCGACUUAUGUUACAGAGAUUAUUCUCAAGAGUCGCCAUUUAA